UACGCUCUUUUUAUCAUCCCUGCAGGUCCGGGGUCAGUGAGUGAGCGAGGCAGCAGCAGCAGCUGCAGAAAGUGUGCUCCUCGCGCUGUGCCUGUCCCCUGUGACCCGCGCUCCUGUGCUGCGGUGACCUGAUGUGCAGGAGGGGCAGCCGGGGCUGUGCGGGCACACAGUGGUGAGCAUGGAGCCUGUGCACAAGGAAAGGAAAUCCAACCCCCUGCAGACUGCCAACUUCUGCUCCAAACUCUUCUUCUGCUGGCUGAAUUCUUUAUUUCUUACUGGUCAUAAACGGAAGCUUGAAGAAGAUGAUAUGUAUAAUGUGCUCCCGGAGGACAGCUCAGAGAAUCUUGGAGAGGUGCUUCAAUCGUACUGGGACCAAGAAUUAGAAGAAGCGGAAAAGGAAUCACGUGCACCACAAUUAACAAAAGCUAUUAUACGUUGCCAUUGGAAAGCGUACUCUUUCCUAGGAUUUUUUACUUUUAUUGAGGAAAGUGUUAAAGUAAUCCAGCCAAUAUUUCUUGGAAAUGUUAUCCGUUAUUUUGAGAUUGAUGAUUCCAGUGAUGCGGCUUUGGCAGAUGCCUACAUCAACGCUGCUGCCCUCUCUGUCUGUACCUUGCUUUUGGCACUAUUCCAUCAUAUUUUUUUUUAUCACGUCCUGCUAGCUGGCAUGAAGCUUCGUGUGGCCAUGUGUCAUAUGAUUUAUAAAAAGGCUCUUCGUCUUAGUAACACAGCCAUGGGAAAAACCACUACGGGGCAAAUAGUAAAUCUUUUGUCAAAUGAUGUCAAUAAGUUUGAUCAGGUAACUAUUUUCUUGCACUAUAUAUGGGCUGGACCCCUGCAGGCCAUUGCGGUUACUGUGCUUCUCUGGAUUGAGAUUGGACCAUCAUGUAUGGCGGGAAUAGCAGUUCUAUUUAUCCUCAUGCCUCUACAAACUUGUAUUGGAAAAUUAUUUACUUCAUUAAGGGGCAAGAUAGCUGCCUUCACAGACACCAGGAUUCGAACCAUGAAUGAAGUAAUAUCUGGGAUGAGAAUAAUAAAGAUGUAUGCUUGGGAGCAUUCGUUUACAGAGCUAGUCAAUGACAUAAGGAAGAAGGAGAUAUCCAAGAUUCUUCUUAGCUCUUAUCUACGUGGAAUGAACUUGGCAUCUUUCUUUGUUGCAAGCAAAAUCAUUGUGUUUGUGACUUUCACCACGUAUGUUCUGCUCGGCAAUGUUAUCUCUGCCAGUCGAGUGUUUGUUGCAGUGUCCCUAUAUGGUGCAGUGAGACUCACUGUCACUCUCUUCUUCCCCUCAGCUAUUGAGAGGGUAUCUGAGGCCAGAGUCAGCAUAAGGAGGAUUAAGAACUUUUUAUUACUUGACGAGAUUUCAAAGCCAGCUAUAGAUCUGUCACAGGAGAAGGAUGAAAACCUAUUGGUGCAAAUUCAAGAUCUGACCUGCUACUGGGACAAUACUUCGGAAAUGCCAACUCUUCAAAAUAUCUCAUGCAGUGUGAGACCUGGGGAACUGCUGGCAGUAAUCGGACCAGUUGGAGCAGGGAAAUCAUCUCUUCUGAGUGCAGUGCUGGGUGAGCUGCCAAAAGAUAAAGGCUUUGUGGACGUCAGAGGAAGAAUUGGAUAUGUAUCACAGCAGUCGUGGGUGUUUUCAGGCACUGUCAGAAGUAACAUAUUAUUUGGGAAAGAAUAUGUUCAAGAGAAAUAUGAGAGAGUCCUGAGGGUAUGCGCACUUAAAAAAGACUUGCUGCAAUUAGAAGAUGGGGACCUAACUAUGAUUGGAGAUCGUGGUGUUACACUGAGUGGAGGUCAGAAAGCCCGUGUUAACCUAGCAAGGGCAGUUUAUCAGGAUGCAGACAUUUAUCUUUUGGAUGAUCCUCUGAGUGCUGUGGAUGCAGAGGUUGGGAGGCAUUUAUUUGAAAAGUGCAUCUGCCAGGCUCUACGGAAAAAGCUUUGCAUUUUGGUGACCCAUCAGCUGCAGUACCUGAGUGCAGCAAAGCAAAUUCUCAUCUUGAAGGAGGGCAAGAUGGUAGGAAAGGGAACAUUUCCAGAGCUACUCCAGUCUGGUGUUGACUUUGCCUCUCUACUGAAAAGCGGAGAUGAUGAGCAGUCACCAACUCAAGAUGGGCAGCUGAUAAAGUUGUCCAGGAACCGCACCUUCUCUCAGUCGUCAGUCUGGUCUCAGGACUCUUCAGUGCAGUCACACAAAGAAGGAGCUACAGACUCUUUACCAACGGAACCUGUUCUGACGGCGGUUCAGGAAGAGGGUCGCUCAGAGGGCACUGUUGGCUUCAAGGUGUACAAGAAAUAUUUCCUCUCUGGAUCUAGCUACAUGAUGCUGUUUGUACUCCUCUUGCUGAAUAUCUUUUCACAGGUUUCAUAUGUUUUGCAAGAUUGGUGGCUUUCUUAUUGGGCAACAGAGCAGGAAAAACUGAAUGUUACCUCCGGAACCGAUAGCAAUGGUACAAAUACAGAGCAGUUAGACCUCCGCUUCUAUUUGGGUGUCUAUGCAGGCCUAACAGUUGCUACCAUCUUCUUUGGCAUUCUGCGUAGUCUGCUGGUGUUUCAUGUCCUCGUCUCUGCUGCCCAGGCCUUGCACAACCAAAUGUUCCAGUCACUCCUACGCGCGCCCGUCUUGUUUUUCGACAGGAACCCAAUCGGAAGGAUUCUGAACCGUUUUUCCAAAGACAUUGGACACAUAGAUGACUUGUUGCCUUUUACAUUUUUGGACUUCCUGCAGGUGUUUCUUCAAAUUCUAGGUGUUAUCGCAGUUGCGGUUGCAGUCAUUCCAUGGAUUUUAAUUCCCUUGCUUCCUCUCGUGAUCAUUUUCUAUUUCCUAAGAAGAUAUUUUCUGGAAACAUCACGCGAUAUCAAACGACUUGAAUCAACAACUCGAAGUCCAGUGUUUUCCCACCUAUCAUCCUCCCUUCAGGGGCUUUGGACAAUCCGUGCCUUUAAGGCAGAGGAGCGCUUUCAAAAUUUAUUUGAUGCACAGCAAGAUCUCCAUUCCGAGGCUUGGUUUUUGUUUCUGACCACAUCCCGUUGGCUUGCAGUACGUCUGGAUGCCAUAUGUGCCCUAUUUGUAAUAGCCAUUGCCUUUGGUUCCUUAAUUCUUUCAAAAAGCCUUGAUGCAGGACAAGUUGGUUUGGCAUUGUCUUAUGCCAUUACAAUCAUGGGAGCGUUCCAGUGGGGAGUUAGGCAAAGUGCAGAAGUUGAAAAUUUGAUGAUAUCUGUAGAAAGAGUUAUGGAAUACACCCAACUUGAAAAAGAAGCAAAGUGGGAGUCUAAAAAGCGUCCACCCCCUGAUUGGCCUAGUAAGGGCAUGAUAGUGUUUGAAAACGUCAACUUUGCGUACAGCUUAGAUGGGCCGCUAGUAUUACGGCAUUUAACUGCUUUAAUCCGACCUAAGGAAAAGGUUGGAAUAGUUGGAAGAACUGGAGCAGGAAAGAGUUCCCUCAUUGCUGCUCUAUUUCGUCUUGCUGAACCUGAAGGAAAAAUUUGGAUUGAUAGGCUUUUGACAUCUGAACUUGGCCUUCAUGAUUUACGGAAGAAGAUGUCCAUUAUACCCCAGGAGCCGGUGUUAUUCACUGGGACAAUGAGGAAAAACCUUGAUCCUUUUGAUGAGCAUACUGACGAGGAGCUGUGGGAUGUUUUAGAUGAGGUGCAGCUGAAGGAAGCCAUUGAAGAAUUACCCAGUAAAAUCGAGACUCAGUUGGCUGAAUCUGGUUCCAAUUUUAGUGUUGGCCAGAGACAACUCGUCUGCCUAGCUCGAGCAAUUUUAAGAAAAAAUCGAAUAUUGAUUAUUGAUGAAGCAACAGCAAAUGUAGACCCAAGGACAGAUGAGCUGAUUCAGAAGACAAUAAGAGAAAAAUUUGCUGAUUGCACGGUGCUAACAAUUGCACACAGGCUGAACACCAUUAUUGACAGUGACAAAAUUAUGGUGCUAGAUUCCGGAAGAGUGAAAGAAUAUGAUGAACCUCACAACUUACUGCAAAAUAAAGAGAGUCUUUUCUUCAAAAUGGUGCAACAAGUUGGAAGAGCAGAAGCUACUGCUUUGGCAAACACAGCCAAACAGGUGUAUCUGAACAGAAACCAGCAAGCAUCCAAGCACACCAAAGCCGACACAUCCGAACCAUUUAUUAUUUUUGAAACUUCCCUUUGACCAUGUUUGUAUGGGUUUAUCACAAAUCUUGCUACUAGUAUCAUUCGAAAUAGCAUCCCGGCAUCCAUUGGGCAUUGCCAGGAUUCUCAGUCUACCCUAUGACUGUCUUGCCAGCCUUCCUGCCCUUGACUACUAAGUGCAGCCUGAAAUCUUUGGAUUUGAAUGAGAGAUAACAUUGUGAUAUUGUAGCUGAGAUUAUUGCUGCUCUACUACUGUAGACAUUUUAGUAAAGUACAGACGUGUGUUCAUAGUUUUACCAUGUGACUUACCAUGUGGAAAAGCUACUGUACCAUUGUGAUUGAAAGAGUUUCUAUUUGCCCAUGACCAUUAAUGGCACAAUAUAAACCAAAACUACCAGGCAGAAUCGGUCUUUAUAUACUACAUUUAUAUCCAGCCAAUAACUUUCAGAAAGCCGUUUAAUGAUUCGGGUAUUGUUUGCCAUGACAUACACUGGGGAAAUGGAUGCAUUUUUGUAAUGACAUACAGGUUGAGUAUCCCAUAUCCAAAUAUUCCGAAAUACGGAAUUUUUGGAGUGAGACUUAGAUAGUGAGACCUUUGUUUUCUGAUGGCUCAAUGUACACAAAGUUUGUUUAAUACACAAAUUUAUGAAAAAUAUUGUAUUAAAUGACCUUCAGGCUGUGUGUAAAAGGUGUAUAUGAAACAUAAAUGUAUUCUGUGCUUAGAUUUGGGUCCCAUCACCAUGAUAUCUCAUUAUGGUAUGCAAUUAUUCCAAAAUACGGAAAAAUCUGAUAUCCAAAAUACUUCUGGUCCCAAGCAUUUUGGAUAAGGGAUACUCAACCUGUACCACUACAUUAUUAACCUAAUCAGCAUCCGAUAUAUCCCAGUUACCCUCUAUUAAUUGCCAAAUGUGCUCAUUGUUAUUUACUUGCCUACAGUACUCUCCCCAAAAAGUGUCUUUUCAGGUAUGCAGGAGUAGAAAUGUUUGCAGAUCUUCUCAGGGCAAUUCCUCCUGUAAGCCUGGAAUAAAGAAGCAGCCUUACUCCCAGAGCUUCGUCUACUGAAAUCAUAUGUGCCUUAAGCUAUCCGCAAAGAGACUUGUUAAUGUUUACACUGAGGGCUUUUUCUGAUUGUUUUUAUGUUCUAGAUGCCUUAAUAGUGACAUGUGUAAGAUCCGGAUCACUCCAUGAACGAGAUCUAGCAUUGGCUAGCCAAACCAGAUUCCAUCUCAAUCUUUUUUUAGUCUUUCAUGCUGCAUUUUAAGCAACAAUCAGUUAAAUGCUAUUAAUGCAAUUAGUAUUCAUGGUUCUUACAGUUUUUUUGAUUAAUGCCAAUUUUUAUUCAUAAUACUCUGCAAUUAAGAUACGCACCCCAAAGACACAGAAAGCGUGUGUAUUUAAUCUUGUAUUGCUUUCAAUUGUUCUCAGUUGUUUUACACUACAAUGGUUACAUGGUGACUCAUUUGUUGGUUUCAUUGCAGAAAAACAAGAUGCUGUAUUUAUUGUAAUGUGCGUUUCUGAUCUUAUUUCAUAAAUAAUUGAUUUAACUAAA